CACCAGUGCCCACAACACAGCCCUACCAUUACCUGUCAUAUGGAGGUUGAGUUCGAGGCAGACAUCCUCUUGGAUGAAGAGUCCAACGAUUCACACCAUGAGUCUGAAGAGCCCAACGACUACGACAAUCAAAAGCUGUUCCACUUCUUUGAGUCGUAUCUCAACAAAUCCGUCAAUGAGUCCGAAGGUGAAGAAGAGCCCGACCUCGAGGUGAACGAUAAGUUCCGCGAGUUUGUGGUCAACAGAGCGGCCAAAACACCGCAAACCAAUCGCUCCGUUCGUCACAUCUCUUGUUUGGCGGACAUUGAGAACCAGAAGUCAAUCCUAAGACAUAACACACCUAAUCGG